AUGGCUCGCCGUCCCGCCCGUUGCUACCGAUACUGCAAGAACAAGCCGUAUCCCAAGUCCCGGUUCAACCGUGGUGUCCCCGACCCCAAGAUCCGCAUCUUCGAUCUGGGCCGAAAGCGCGCCAACGUCGACGACUUCCCUCUCUGCAUCCACCUCGUCUCCAACGAGUAUGAGCAGCUGAGCUCCGAGGCCCUCGAGGCCGCCCGUAUUUGCGCCAACAAGUACCUCGUCAAGCACACCGGAAAGGAGGGUUUCCACCUGCGUGUCCGCGCCCACCCCUUCCACGUCGUCCGUAUCAACAAGAUGUUGUCUUGCGCUGGUGCCGAUAGACUGCAGACCGGUAUGCGUGGUGCCUGGGGCAAGCCCAACGGCACUGUCGCCCGUGUCAACAUUGGUCAGAUCAUCAUGAGCGUCCGCACUCGUGACUCUAACCGUGCUCUGGCUCUUGAGGCUCUGCGACGAUCCCAGUACAAGUUCCCCGGCCGACAGAAGAUCAUCAUCUCCAAGAACUGGGGCUUCACCCCUCUCCGCCGCGAGGACUACCUCGAGCGCAAGGCUGCCGGCCGUGUCAAGGUCGACGGUGCCUACGUUCAGUUCCUCAGCAACCACGGUUCCAUUGAGCAGAACAUCCGCCGCUUCCCCGAGGCUUUCUCCGGUGAGGCGUAAAGAGUUUUUGUUCAUAUGGCAUCUGGGUUUUAGGUUGGCGUAAUUAUGGCAUGUCAGAUAAGAGAUUCUCGAUUUGAGAAUCACCAGUUAGGCAAAUCAAACCAUUGUGCGUUCAGC